UUCUCUCUCUCGCCUCUCUCUCUUGCUCUCACGUUCUGGUGGCGGCGAGGAAAAAGUAAAGAAGAUUCAAGCGACGGCGAGGAAGGAGAACCGCCGGCGACUGAUUCCGGCUGCAACGACGAUGACGGAGACGAAUGUAAAGGUUUUGUUGUGAAUUGGGUAAACUUUUGGGUUCUGAACCCUUUGAUUUUGUUUCGUUUUGGGUUUGUUCUCAAUCGAGGGAAGGGAGAACGAGGUCGCCGCGGUGCAGAG